CGAAGCUUCCGGCCGUGGAGAAAAGCCCGUUCGUCCGAAGUCUCGCCACCUUUUGUACGGUAGUUUCAAAGUCGCCGAAAUAGCACUGGACUCGAUGCUGUUUCCAGUUUCGGUGAAUGCAAGUUGCGAGCUUGGGGAGGACACACUUGGCUCGAGGGGAUUCGACGAUCGUCGCCUCACCGGGAAAAUGUUCUGUUCCGAUGAGAAUUAAUGAUCGCGGUCGAUGAAACUUUCAACCGAAAGUGCUGCGGCUCGGGGCAAAAUUAGGCGUCGAGAAGAAUUUAAUGAAGCCGGAGAAUCGGGAGCUACGGCUACGGAACGAUAAAAUGAAAUGACGAAAGGUUCGAAGCGACCGUCUCGAGAGAUGUUCACGUCAGUUGAAACUCCACUGAAGUUUAAGCGCACGGAAAGAUUCACGGGAGCGAUGAUCGUUCUUUGAAACAAGUUGGCCUCGUGUCAGCCCAUUGAGGAAGAGACUUCAACGAUGCGAGCUGAUCUUAUAACCGAGGCGAAAAAAAUUGCGAAAUUAAAGCGACGGAAGCGAUCGUGUACGGCGCUCGUUUGAUCGCAGCCGGAUCUCUUCACCGAGGGGUUGGAUGGUGACCGGCGCUCUGGCCGCCGGCCGGUCGAUGAAUGGCCGUUACAUAUACAUGCGAACAUUAAAUUUAUACACGGAGGGGUGAGGUAUUAUAAGCAAGUUCGUGACGAGUGGGCCAAGACCAAUGAACCAUUAAUUAUUUCUCGAUUCGUGAUGUGGACGAGAAAAUAAAGGACCGAGGAAUUCAGAUAUUCGUAGUCCAAGAGGCUUCUCCGCACGACAAACAAUCCUCGCGGCGGCUUCUCAACGAAAGUUCAAGCUCUUCGAUCUGGAAGGGUCUGAAUAAAACAUUCUCUCGCCUGCGGAAAGAAGAAAAAAAACACGCGAGAAUAAGAAACGUAAUUGACCCUUUUUUUCCUUCGCAAAAUAACUUUUAUCGUCACAGCCAAUCCGUCAAUGCUGAACGAUAAGUAGCUUCUGACACCGGACGAGUGUUCCGCAUGAGAAAUCGGGCCGACACGAGAACUCGAGCUUAUUAUCGGAGACUUUACUCUCGUGACUCUCCAAGACGCUGGAGCGUCACUCGGUCACGCAAAGACGAAAGAUAUAAAAAAAUGAAAAAAUAAAAAAUCAUCGACGUAGAGAGGUAAAGCGACGACGAGCAUUUCGAGCCACGUUUUGUUUCUUACGCGUGCUAUCGACGUUGCCGAUCUGCGGAUAGCGCCUUCGGCGAAAACAUAUUAAAUGAAAAGUAAGGUAAAAUUUCGCGUAUCGAAAGCAGGAUCUGAAAAUAAGAGCCGAACAAUUGGAGAUCCGAAGGGAAAGAAAAAGUUCUGGCGACGGAAAAAGUCGGGCGAUAAAAGCUCAAGGUUUUUCGUAUCCGAUCGACAGAGUAAGAGCCCGGAGGGUACAUUUUAUUCGAUAAAAAGUACACGAACUAGUUGGGACAGGGAGCUGGAGUUGCUUUCAUAAAAAUCGAUCAAAAUGCCAGCUGGAAUUUCGAAUCUCGCCCCACCGCCAGAAAUAAAAAGUACCCUGAGCCACGAGGUCAUCAAAAACCCACCAGCUUUCACGAUCGUGCACAAAGACGGUCACACGAUGACUCUUCCCCUGCUCCACAUGAGCCACGUGAACGGUGACUCGGUGAACGAGGACGAAAUGUGUAAGAAAAGUCCUUCGAAGCCAGACUCGAGGAGCAGCGAAAUGAAAUCAAGAGCGAGCGAUUACUCCCGUCGGAAGAGAAUGAGUCGUUCGAACGACCACUUGAUCCUGGCCGAUCUUCAGAAUCACCAGGCGAAUCCGCUGAGGAAAAAACAGCAGAGCAAAAGUCACGAGAGCCUCGGUGACGGCGCCGAGAAGAAGAGAGCUCGCGACGAAAUUUUAAACAACAACAUCGGCAACAAUCGCCAGACUCCGAUGAGCCUCUCAACGGAGGAUUUCAACGAAGUGUUGAACGCGAAACUGCGCAAACUGCAGGAACGCGACGACGAGAGAUUGGCGGGUCGGAGGGGGUGUAAAAAGAGCAUGGAAAGCCAGAAAAAACCGUUCAUAACGACCGUCAAAACCGGUGAGUUUUUGAUGCCCCCACCGGAAGUGGCCGCUCUUCUUGGCAUGUCGCCGAACGGCACGUGGAUCGGUGGUUUCGGUGACCAGAGCAACGAAAAUCCGGACACCGAUAUCGGCGCGUUUCCUCGAUCGAGAUUCCGCCGGCUCAUUUCUCUCGGACGGAAACCGGAAGUUCGUCACAACAGUCACAAAGCCCGGUGCCCAGCCGCUCUCAAAGCCACCGUCGAUUUCGCUGCCAAUUUCGUCAACGCGACCAGCACAAAUUACAAUAAUAAUAUUAUCAACAAUAGUAUUGUCAGUUCGACGAACGGCUUAUCGUGUCCCCAGUACGAGAAAGCUCGCAGGGCCAACCGCUUUCUAAACUCGGAAAUAGAAUUGACGAAGACGCAACGAGCGUUACCGAAAAAGUUGGAACCGAUCGAGGGUAUGAUGAUGAGUAUGCUGCCGUGUCUCGGUGAUCAACCGCUUCCUUUUGGGAAUAUCAUGUUUGAUCGACGAGUCGUUCGCGGUAGUACUUAUGCCUCGGCGCCUACCCUCAUCGACGCCGAUCAAUCACAAGCGGCGAGGCAAUCCGAAGCGAAGAGAAAACAAAUGGUGAAAAAGCGUGCACAGUCACAAGCGGCGAGAUUGAUGAUGAUGAGAAUUGGCACACCGCCACCGGUCCCCGGCCGGAAACACGAACCGGUUCAAACAGAACUUUAUUUGGAAGAGCUGUACGACAGACCCGAAGAGUCUGAAGUGGCAACCCAAACGGAUUACUUACUGGACAGGCCGCCAACGCCAGUUUUCUGUCCCGGCAAAGUUGGUCAAGAUGCCGAAACACAAAUUGAUCCUGGAGAUCUCUUCGAUUACGAUGUCGAGGUUCAACCGAUUCUCGAAGUCCUCGUAGGGAAGACGAUCGAGCAGGCUUUGAUCGAAGUUCUCGAAGAGGAAGAACUCGCUGCUCUGAAAGAGCAGCAAAGACGAUUCCGCGAGCUGCGAGCCGCCGAAAAGGCCGAGCAGCAGAGACUCGAAGAACAGGAAAGGCGUCUCCGAGAAGAAAAGUGUCGCCGAGUUAGGCAACACGAGGAAGCUGUUAAAACACAAAAAGAGACGGAGGAACGUGUCGCCGCUGCAGUUCUGUUGACAGGCUACAUCGCCGAAUUGUUGCCUGCCGUUCUCGAAGGUCUCAAAAUGUCCGGAUUUUUACUGGACGAAAUAAAAGCCGAUGUUGAGGAAGGCUUCAUGCCAUGGCUGAUGAAGGAGGUCAAAAAAGAAAUGGGCUCGGUGAUCGAGAGUCGAGAGCUUUUGGCCGAAAUAAUUCGUGAAAUUUUGGAAAACCGUGCACAAACUUAUACAAGGUUAGGAGAGGAUUACGACCAGGCGAGGGAUACAGUCACAGUCAAAUCCGAUGAUAAGCCCUCGAGUGAAAGCGAGACUGCGAUACCGACUGACGAAGGGGGUGAGGGUCGAGAAGUCGAUUCUAUCAACUACGAGGAGGCACCCGUCGAUGACGCCGAUGAAACAAAUGCUCUCUAGCCUAGAGGUACUUCCAACAGCAGCGAAGUGGUCGUUAGGACUGCCGGACAUUCCGCUCGAAGAAUAAAUUUGACUUAAAUAUACUCAUGUCUUUGUGUA